ACGAUAUAUAUCGGUAAUCUUCACCAGAGCGUAACACCUUCUCUGAUCCAAGAGCUGUUCACACAAGUGGCUCCUGUUAAAUCGGUGCAUUUGCCAAAGGAUCGUGUGCUACAACAACACAUGGGGUAUGGAUUCGUUGAGCUGAACAGCGCAAAGGAUGUGGAUUACUGUUUGAAAGUGUUACCUGGCGUGAAAUUGUUCGACCAGACCAUGAAGCUGAACAAGGUUAACCACGAAGAACACUCACUGUUUGUUAGAAACCUGGACUCCCUUGUGGACAGAUCAGCAUUACAGCAGGUGUUUGCCAAAUUUGGCGAGCUUGUU